AAAAAUCUCUCAGAUCAAUAGCUAGAAGCCAGGUGUAUUCUAUUUACACACACGACAGUAUAUCUACCUUGUCAUUUACCUGUUUGUAAGGAAGCUACCUGGACAUAACACCUGUUAAUGAGAAGUCAAGUGUGUCUUAAUAGACUAAAACCAUUUCUUGUCACCUUUAAGGUGGUAGGGUCCUGACCAAUUCAGAUGGACCAUUAGGCACUUUCUCCAGAUGGAGGUUUUCGAGCCAUUACCUCUAUUCCUGUCAGUGUGCCCCCCUAGUGGGUUUUAAAUUUCGGACCUAGGGGAUAUAAAGUUUACCUGCUUUGAGUGUUGCGGAAUGGCCACCAGAUAUCGCAUUCAAGACAGGAAAAAGAAUGGGAUGGUGAAGGGUCGUCUUAUCCCCAAUGGUAACGAUGCUGACUGGAGUGACGAGGAUGGUGUCAAGUCCGGCUCAGCAACAGGGAUUUCCGAGGGUGAAAAUGAUGACCUAAACAGAGAGAAACAGAAAGCUAUCAUCAUGGCCAAAUCUCUCAAUGGCAGGAAGUUCGACCCGGGCAACAUGAUUCUCGACAAAAUUGAUGCAGAGUUAUCCUUUCUUAAUAGAUCACAGUCACAGUCGAGUUCAACAACAGGAAGCACAGUGUUACACAAGCCUGGUUCUAGGUCUAAAGGUUCUGACGGAUCUCGCUCUGGUGGGUCACACAAGAGUAUGUCAAGCAAGGACGGGACAGAUACAGGACUGGGGACAGCCAGUAUCCACGACAACCUGUCUGAGGGUGGGGACCUGCCCCGAAUCAACGGAACAGCGGAGAUCUACAGCGAUGUUGGAGCUGGUACCACUGACCACUACAGUGAUGAUGAUGGCAAAAAGACGGGAGCACCGAGUGACCUUGACUCCGUAACUGCUCAACAGGUGGAUGCAAAGUUCAAGGCCAUCUUGCGUAAAAAGAAAGCAAGCCGUAUGAAAGGUGGUUACCUUGACAACCUUAAAGCUAGUGACACAGAGACGAUAAGAACUGAGGAUUAUGAAAAUAUAUUCAAGGAUGCACUUGUCUAUCAGUCAGACUCCGACACACUGGAGAACAAGUCUGACGAGGACAGCGAUAACGUGAGCGGUAAACUGACCAACAGUGAUGCAGACACACCCACCAAGGCUGACCUGUCCUGGGAUUACUAUGAUACUGACCAGUCCAAAGCGAGUAAAAGUGCUGAGGAAGGAGAGGGAGUCUCAGAUCCACCCCGGUCUCCAUCUGGAACUUCACAGAACAGACCUCACUCUCCCUCCAGAAUUUCUCAAAGUACACAUCCUUACCCAUCCGAGCAUCAAACGAUUGAAACCUCCUCCAGUGUGCACCGACCAGGGGAACACAUAUCACAGGCAGAGGAUAAGCUUCCCACCCAGCCCAGAGGUAAAGGAAGAUCAACAUCCUCAUUUCCAACACAUGGAGCUCGGUCAUCACCACGGCGACAAGCUGGCCCAUUUCGUAGAAAGUUUGGCUACAUCAGUGAUGCAGACUCUGUCAGGACAGAGGAUUUCGAGGUCAAAUUUCAAGAACUUAUUUUUCGACCUUCAGCGGACAGUGAGACUGACCAUACAGACAAUGACCCUCUGCAUGCCAAGGUCAAGGAGAUUCUCAAGGUCACUGCUCCAUAUCGACAGAAGAAAGACAAGAAACCUCAGAACGGCCAUGUUAAGAUAGACGAAUCUCCAUUACAUAAGUCUACUCCAAAAAGAUCACCAAUCAAGAGCUCAACUUCAGUGGAUGAUGUCCGUCGAGAAAUUGACCGUGAAUCGUCCAGAAUUCAACAGGAGAUAGAGAGAGAGAGACGGUCUAAUUUGCCAGUGUCUAGGAAGGAUUCCAAGUCCCCAACUAGGACAGUGUUGGAUCUGAGUUCUAGCAUGGACAAGCCAGCCUUUAGUGAGCUUAAUCACAACCAGUCGGGAGGGCAUAAUUCCCUCAAAGAUAUUCCCUCCCCAAUGGGCCGAUCUAGCCCCACCCUACAGGACUAUGAAGACUCGGGCUACAAAACCCCUCCCAGGGCCCGUAGCCCAACUCUGCGAGCACGAGAUCGAAUCAGUGGCAUGCCUCCCAUGCAUCCAAGAUCUGUCACAUCCUCCAGAGAUGAAUCUCAAAGGACAGUUUCUUCCUCAAGGGAAGAGCCGUUUCGGUCCUCAUCCCCUAACCCAAGGUCAAGGACGUCUUUGUCAGAUUCACUGAGGCCAGGUUCUCCUAGACCAGAUUCUUCAUUUCCUGAUCCCAAAAGAUCAGUUUCACCCAUCCUCCGAAGCGGAAGUUCAUCUUUCCAGGAGCAGGAUCCCUCCUCGAGCUUCUCAAGUUUGCGUGCUGAAAACGAAGAAGAAGCACAUACACUGAGUCCCCAGCUUGUUAUGCCCGCCGCUUCGAAAUAUCAGGACUUAUCCGUACUCCGGGCUCGCUCUCUUAGCCCCAAUGCCAAUGACAGACACAGGCCAGCAAGUCCUUUACAGGGUGUUCUCAAAGAUUCAACGUCCAGUUUUCUGACAGGGCCACGACCUGCCAGUCCCCGCCCAGGAAUGGACCAUUCCAUGAGAUCAGAACUGUCUGUAUCCUUUCAAGACCAACUCCCCGUGUCCUCACAGAGGUCAAAGGCAAGGUCACAGUCCGUCGAGGGUCGUCUGGUGUCCGACCUACAGGGAGAUAACACUAGCCCCAGAUUCAACCACAGACGUAGGAACUCGUAUGAUCCUGGGGUCGACUCUGCAGAGGAGAUGGAAAACAGCCGUAGCACAUGGAAAGCCUCUCGUGCCGAGGUCCAGAUAGCCGAGAAAAAACUGAAGGCUGUCAACGCUCAAACAGAGGAUGCUAGGACCCAGCUGAUGCUGACAGAGUUUAAGCGUGAGAACCUGCUGAAGGACUAUGAACGGAUGUCUGAGGACCUUCAGAGGACGAAGAAGGAGAUGAAGGACAUUGAGGAUCAGGAGAGGUCUCGAAUAGGAGACAGGAGGCGUCCCGACAUGACUGAUGACAAGACACGCGACCUUGUGAAAGAAAAUGACAGCCUCAAGCUGCGUCUGCGACAGAUGGAUGGACUAGAGUUGGAGCGAGAUGAGUUGGUCCGCCAGCUGGAACUGGCAAAGGAAGACUUGUUCAACGAACAGCGUAAAGCCCGCAAGGAAAAGGAAGAUCUCAAAGAGGAGAUAGAGACAAUGAAUAUGAAGUUAGAAGAGCGACAUGAUGGCGAUGAUGUGGCUCUGCGCCUCCACAAGAUGGACGCUGCCUACAGGCGAAUGGAAAAGGAAAAAAAUGAAAUCAUCCAUGAGAAGACAAAACUGUAUGAGGAUCUGCGUGAUAGGUCAAAAGUUCACAUGGCAGAGACAAAGCGUAACACUUCCCGGGAAUCUGGGGAGAUGCGAGAGGAGAUUGACGAUCUUUGUCGAAAUGUCAACCUCCACCAGGAAGCCAUCAAGGAGAGGGAUAAUAUCAUAGCUAACCUCAGUGAGAGGAGUACAGAUGUACAACAGAGGUUGUCAAAGGAGGUAGCUGCCAAAGAGGGCAUGAUGGAGGAUCACAAGCGCACACUACAAAGUCUCAGAAAGGAGAUGGACUCAGCCAUGGUGCAGCUUCGAGAGAACAUGUUUCUGGACAAGCAGCAGGCUCUAGAGACAUUACGUCGUGAACUGGAGCAGGAACAUCGUGAAACCGCAAGCCGUGCUGACGACAAACACUCUCAGCACCUCACAGAACACAUGAACCUUAUCAAGUACAAAAAGGCCAAGGAGGAUGAGAUUUCACGGCUGAUUGACUUGGUGAAGAAGCUGGAAGGGGAGCGACGGGUAACCGAGAGGACUCUGAGGGAGGAGGCUCGCGAGGAGGUGCGUAUCCAGGUUGACCGAGAGGCUCAGUCCCUCCAGGCUGACCAUCGGCUCCAGAUGUCCCGGGAGCGGGAGCAGAUUGAAAAGGAGACCAAGGUGACCUUAAGAAAACUGACCAAUGAGCUUGACGAGGAGAGGAGACAGAGGGAGCACUGCAUGGACAAAAUAGCCCACCUCAGCAAGGACUUAGAGGAAGGCAAGCAGCAGAACAAACAAGCUAUGCAUGAUAAAAUGGUGGCUGUGUCAAAGGCCAAAGAAAAUGUCCGCAAUGAACUGCAGACAGAUUUUGACAAAGUCAAGGAAAAGAUGACACAGGAUUACCAGCGGGAGAUUGACAAACUCACCGAGACUGUCAGACAACAGGAGGAGGAGUUACGGAAGCUGAAGACGGAGCGUAUCCAAUGGAUACACCAUGAUAGACAGAACUCUACGGUCCUUGACAGGAUGGAGCGCACCGUUGUCAAUGAAGUCAAUGAGGAAUGUCGCCGAACAGCAAAUGUCUUAGGUGUUGGUCCACGCAAGGUCAACUUAGCAAAUUUCCAAGGUGACAGCCAGGUCAGAACACCAACUACCUCAGCCCUGGUACAACAGGAAGGAUGGUAUAACAAUGGCUAUACCGAGGCUAACCUACGGGCAUGUAAUGAGGAGCUACGUAACCUUGUGCAAGAACUCAAACAGGAACUAACACGUCAAAAGUCCUCCGUGAUGAGGACGGAGCGUGAUAAGGAUGAAAUGGUUCAGAAGAUAAAGGAACAACUGGAGAAGGAGAAAAACAUGGAGUUGGAACGACUGAAGGCAAAAUUAGCAAAGGGAUCUCAGAAUGAACUACGUGAAACGUUCAUUCACAACAUUCCCAACAACGAUUUGGCAGCAAACAUGCAAUACAGCAAGCCCCCAAAGGUGCCCCAGUACGAGUUUAAACCAAGGAGUGAUCACCAACAACAGGAAGUGGACAGACUGGAACGCGAAAUUAAACGAUUAGCAAUGCAGCAAAAGCGCCUGUUGGGUCAGACGCCCCCUAACCACCUGUCUAAUGACGAUAUUAACGCAUCCAAAAUGAUACAACACCUGCAGAUGCAGGUGACACAGUUAAACGCAGAAAAUAACUCCCUGCGGGGAGAACGACUGGCGUCGUGUUCUGUACCAGACCUCAGCAACCCUGCCUACUAUCAACAGCCAGGGGGCCGAAUAAUGGGAAGGUCCCCAUCACCCACACCUCACCAAGAACGCAUGAUCAACCUCCUGGCACAUCGCACCAAGGCAGCAGAGUUCGAGUCCGACAUGGCCACCGAACAACAGGAGAGGAGUCGCAAUAUGAUGUCACAGAAGAUGGGAGACAUGACGAAACUACAAAACACGCUAACUAACCAAGCUAAGGACCUGAUACAGCUAAGUAGGGCCUACUCAAAUCUCAACAACACUUACCCAGCACGGUAGCAUUUGUCACAGAAACUAUGACCUUGAAGUCAUUUUUAGUCUCCUUGGUUACCAUGGAUCCAAGAGUUGCAGUUUUCCUACAAAGUAUGACCUUGCAGCCAUUUUGAGUCUCUAUUGGUAACUGUGAUUCUGCCCAAGUGACAUGGUACAAUUGAACUGUUGUCAUGGAAACCAAGACCUUUCAGCUGUUUUGAGUCUCCAAGGCUACCAUGGAUCCUUUGUGUGGAAAAUUAUCUCCCUUGUCUGUGUACAAGUCAGUUAUUUGAUAUUGCGUGUUUGUAGAUUCUGUGGACGUUGGAGGAUGUAUAUGAGAUCUUUCAAGUAUACAGGUUCCUGACUGAACAACUAUAACAACAGAAAUGAUUCAUAGAUGCUCCUGUCAUUUGGAAUGCUCCAAAAUGUUUAAGACAUCGUAUAUAUAUAUUUUAAAGUACUUCUAACAUAGGAGAUAUACAGCCUGGAGAAAUGGUCCAUUCACAUAUACACAAUAAUACAUUUCCUUGUGACGUUAUUAUCAAACUAGCCAAGCUGGCAAAUAUUCAAUUAUGGUUAACGUUUCUGACAAAAAUAUUUUACAGUUUUAAAACAUAUAUCAAAUCAUGGUUACCUGUGAUUUAAGUUUUGAAAUGUAUUGUUAUUGGUCUGUCACUCAAGAUCUAUAGUAAUUGAUAAUGGACAAACACUUUUUAAAAGAACUUCAACAAGAUAAAUACCUAUAUGACUCUUGAAUGAAAAGGAACUUUGUGAGGGUCUGUUUAUUUUUCAGGGGAAAUAAUUGAAGUUUGUAAGGAAGUGCUACCAUGAAUGUGAUAUUACAAUGUGUAUUUAGGUGUUGAAUAUUAAAGUUAGAAAUAUAUACUGUAUUCAUAUUUGCAACACCAAAAAAAAGACAUAAAUACCUCCUUGUAGGAAAGGUAUAGAACGGAUCUUAGUCAUUUUCAGUUAUAGUAAUAUUAUGCAAUGCAUACAUAUAUAUAAUAAUUAUAAAACUGUGUUAGCUGGAGUAAUGAUCUGAUUGAAAUAUAUAAUAUUGUCAGUGUCUGUGUACAUACAAAUUAGGUUACAAUAUUGUACAGUAGUGUGUAGAUUAAGAUUAUUGUGUUAAGGACUGUUAUAAUGGAUAUACUUUGAGAAGCUGACAUGCUUAUAUCACAUGUUCUUUCUCUUCCGACUGUGAUCCUUGUUGUCUGUGAUAAAUUUCAUAAAUAAAUCUUACAUCAAUAAGUUUUUAGUAGAAAAAGUAGAAAAAUCUUACAUUUUAUUUAGUGACUUAAAGAAGUUACAUGCCGUCCAACUACAAAAUAUAUAAAUUGUAAUAAAAUUAUAAAUUUACAUCCAAAUUAUUAUACAUGUAUGUUUAUUUUAUUAUAUACCUUCAGAAAGAAAAUUAUUUAAACAAUAUUUUAUCAAAUUUCUGUAUUUAAUGUACAUAAUAUGAAAUGCACCCUCCGUCCGUAUUCUACAUAGUUUUUGUUUUAUAUCUAUAUUUCUAUUUCUACAAUUUUCUUGUCCAUUGUUGUAAUACGGUGGUAUUUUCGUAAAACACAUUUGUACCCCAGUACCUUGUACAUACAUAUUAUCUAUAUACAUUUUGUAUGUGCCAACUUGAGCCACAUCUCUGCUAGGCUGAAUAAAUUACCGACACCCAUAAAUCAAAUCUAAACAUUUUGUAUUCGUAGAUAUAUUUUUAAUGCUGCCAGAUUUUAGAAAGCAUUUAUAUCCAUUUUAUUACAUUUUAAAAGUACAGUGUAAUGGAAAAAUGCUUUUUUUACAAUUGAAAUAAUAAGGAGAAACUUUAGAGUUAGGACUGUAAUUAACAUUGAGUUAAAUCAAUCCAGUAGUCUUCUAUUUAAAGUGUCUGGAAUUAAUGUAAACAACUAGUAUAGAGAGGUAGCAUUAAGGAUCCCCGUACCACUGUGCACAAAACUGUAACGUAGGGUUGGAAACUGCUGUUUCUGGCAUAUAACUUUGGUAUAUGAGUUCUUAGAAAAAACCAUACCUUGUGGGACAUUUAUGAAAGAUAUUUAACCCUUUCAACACUGUAGACCAAAAUGGACUCAUCCAGA